AAAGUGGCUUGACUUGUCACUGUGGAGGAAGCACAGUAAUGACGGAGAACCUCUCAUGAACUGCACGUGUGAAUAUACCCCAAGACUGGCAUGAGCAGUGACUCAGAGGAUCACUACAAAGGGUGGUUUUAAUACUAAGAAGAGUUAACCUCAUGCUACAGAGUUAAGUACUUAUUUUUCUUGUACACUAAGUAUGGGCAACAAAUAGUUCCGACCACAUUUCAAGGCCAUUCAGACAGUAAGAUACUGCACGCUUAUGGCAAUAAGACUAAUGUUUGUGAAACGGGAACAUUGCUUCUGUGCCCACCACACGUUGAGAUGGACUACCCAUCCGGAUCUAAGAUCUGCACUCCACAGCCUGGGAACCGCAGAAAGAGUUAAUGAGAACAGAAUGUCACACCUGUGGUUAAGAUUGCAAAAUGAACUUGGAGUGAGAAUUAGGGAGGAUUACAACCAUCAUUGUUUGUACAUAUACACAGCUAUUGGGAAAAGACUACACUGUAAUAUACUUUGGAACUGUGCCUAUUGCUAUUUGUACUACUACUACUCCCAUCAUCAGCUCAGUAAGGGCCAAUGGGCCUGGUUAUUGACUCCAUCAUCCAUCCACAGGCCUUUGCACCUGCCCUUGUGCUUGCACCCAUCAGUCUAGCAUCAAGGGCAACCCAAUCACCAACAGACCAGAGCCCCUAGAAUGUCCAGCCAAUGUUAGCCACCACUCCUAUCAUGCCACAACUAACACUCCCCUCCUCCCAGCUCUGUCCCUGCUGGUCACUGCACUUUCCUCUUUGGUGUGUGCCAGUCUUUCAAAGCAAUAUGAAGAGUACAAAGUUUACUGCAUGGUAAAAAUAAAAAAUACCAGUAAAAUUGUGAAGAAUUUUAGUAAAUUGGUGAAGAUAUUCCCUUUUUUAAGAUGUAGCUCACACAGUACGCCACCCCAGCCCAGCUAAAAUGGGUUGUUUUAAUAAAAUUCAGCAUAAAAAAACUUCCCCACCGGUCUCUACUUCUGGAUCCCUCUCUACACAGGUUGUCCACUCACUGGUUGAGGUUGGUCCAGGAUGGAACCAUGAUGUAGAUAGAGAUCAGUGGGGACCUAGGAAGCAUUAGGACUGAAUCACCAUAGGGCUGGUGAUGCAUGACUUUUUUUUUUUUAUAGAAUUCUGACCCUUAAAAACAAAGCAACCAGACAACUUUUGUAUAAAGUUUAAUAAAUGUACUAAUGAACUACAACAUUGGUCAAUAACAGAUGGAAAAUGUCCUAUGCGUGUCCUUUUCUACUUUUCCACAUGUAUUUCACUAAAUCUAUCCAUUGAAGGGAACAAGGAAAUUAAAAAUAUAUGUCUAUAUGGGGUAGGUUUACCAAGUAUAGUAAAGCUAUAAUGAAGCAACUGUCCUCUACACAAUCAUCUAGCAUAAUGGGUGUAACGGUGGUUUAUGUGACGGUCUACCUUUUGCAUAAUGUUUCAGCUCUGCUUUUCUAACCCUAAUAUAUAGCUGUAGAAAAUAAAUCUUUAGUAUUUAGCAUCUCAGAUUCAGACACACUACUACAGCAUCCAGAGAUGUUUGACAUCUCCUCUAAUUCCCUGAUGCAUACAAUUGAGUGAAUGUAUCUUUAAAUCUCCGGAUGUAGCUAUGUCAUUACCACGCACAUGUACACGCCCGACUGACUGUACACUAGCUUCCUGUUACAUAAAAACACAGAGAAGAAAUGUCACAGCCAGGCCUGCACUGCAAGUCUCAUGCUCUCGGCUUUAGCAACUCUUCUAUUUAGUUUGUGCGUCUUCUCCUGAUAAAGCUGGAGGCCAUUGAAGCAUACUAGACUGAGAACUUCAGAAUGGAUAGCCUUCCUUAUGAUCUCAGUCAUUGUCUGGAUCUUCCAAGUUGGAGUGAGCUCAAAAUAUUAAAUGAGAAUGAGCAUUUGAAGAGUGACAGCGCAGUCAAAUAUGGGGACUUGUUUGAUUCAGGAUUUCCAAGCCUAAACCAUGUUGCACCCAAAGGGAAAUCUCUCAAAGGUACAAGAGGUGACUGGUCAGUAGAAAAGUCCAGUUCACCUGACCUUAUUGACCAGUCCGAAAUGCAGAUGAAAAUGGACUUCUUCAGAAAACUAGGCUAUUCCACAGUAGAAACCUAUGCCGUACUGCAGAAUCUUGGCAUGGAAGCAGAUAUAAAUACUGUAUUGGGAGAGCUGGUAAAACAUGGAGGCAACCCAGAAAAGGAAGCAGUGCCAGAGGAGUCAAGUGAUGCUGUUUUAGUCCCACCAGGAGGCACACGCACGCGGCCAACCACAUCUUUAACAGAAGACAAUAGUAACAACUUGCGACCAAUUGUGAUUGAUGGAAGCAAUGUGGCAAUGAGCCAUGGAAAUAAAGAUGUAUUCUCCUGUCGUGGAAUAUUGCUUGCUGUCAAUUUUUUCCUGGAAAGAGGCCAUACAGAUGUUACAGUCUUUGUACCAUCAUUCAGAAAGGAACAGCCUAGGCCUGAAAUGCCCAUUACUGAUCAACACAUUUUAACUGAUCUUGAGAAGAAGAAGAUUUUGGUUUUCACUCCUUCUCGGAGAGUUGGUGGGAAGCGGCUGGUGUGCUAUGAUGAUAGAUUUAUUGUCAAGUUGGCCUACAAAAGUGAUGGAGUUAUCGUUUCAAAUGAUACCUACAGAGAUCUCCAGAGUGAAAAGCCAGAAUGGAAGAAGUUCAUAGAAGAGCGGCUUCUCAUGUACUCCUUUGUUAACGACCUAUUUAUGCCUCCGGAUGAUCCUAUGGGUCGAAAAGGACCAAAUCUGGACGAUUUCCUGAGAAAACGGCCUAUUGGACCAGAAAACAAAAAAGUACAGUGUCCUUAUGGUAAAAAAUGCACCUAUGGAAUGAAAUGUAAGUUUUAUCAUCCAGAGAGAAUAAACCAAACACAACGUUCGGUUGCUGAUGAACUGCGUGAAAAUGCAAGGUUGUCACCUACUAAGAACAAUUCUUAUUUAGAAGACAAAAAGAUGAGAAAAGUGUCAGUUGCUGAGAUAUCUACAGUGGAUACAGACUCUACUUUUAUGCAGAAACCUCCUUUAGAGAGAACCGGAUCUUCUCAGAAAGCUAAGACAUCAGACAAGAGUAAAUUAAAUCAAUGGAAUGGAACAUCUGAAUGGUAUCCUCAUGCUGUCUGCCCAAAGGACUCCCAUAAUCAAAUCUCUUAUGACUCUGGUGUGGAACUAUGGACAAGUGUUUCAAACAGUUUCUGUGACCAUUCUCAUGAUUACUGCAACAGUAAUCAUCGGAUGCCAUGCUGUCAGCAUACAAAGAAUUUGGACAGUGAUCCGCUUAAACACUAUAGUUCUCAGAAAUUGGUUCCACAUGGUUGCCAUGCAACCUCCUUUUACCCAUAUGGUCCAUCUUCUCCAUGGUCUUCCCAAAAUGCAUCACACCAAACAUAUGAAAGAGAAAUGGCUGAGAAGUCUACCACAGCCCAUAGUGUACCAAAUGAAUAUACACCCCGGCCUACCCACUCACUAGAGUUUUGGUCAGAUCCAGGACCCAUUCUUCAUUCUUCCAGGAGACAUCAGCCUAACUAUCAAUUAUACAGCCCGGCUCCACCUUCUAGAAAUGAUUAUCAAAAAUGGCAAAACUCAGAUCAUUACGCAGAGAGAUUGAGCAUGCGCAACAAACUGUGUGCCAUCUUCCAGCCCUCAUUAGUAGAUUCUGUGAUGAGCAUGUUUCCAAAUUUGCUGGAUCCACAAAGUCUUGCAGCAGAAAUAGUGAAUUACAAGACUCAAAAUGGGUUGUGAAAGUAACCAGAUAUUUGAAAAGAAGCCUAAUGAUUAAAAGGCUUUUCUGUUAAAAAUGAUUUCACACAGCAGUUCACACAGCAUGGCCCCUGAAACAGAAGACUCAUACAUACCAGCUCCACGCUGUUUCGGUCCUCCACACUGCCUCCACACUCUCCAUCUUACAAGCCCAAAACUGUUUACAUCAGAAUGGCUAUGGACAUGGUCACAUGCACCUCUCCAGCCAAUGACUGUCUUCAGUCAUGAAAUGCUGCUUGUGGUCACAUUACUGCUGAAGUCAAUCAUUGCCCAUAGCCAGCCGGAUGUAAACAGUGCUUAGACCAGAAGAUGUAGAGGGCGGAGGCAGCAUGGAUCAAUGGAGCAGUUAAGUAUGAAUCUUCUGUUUCAGGGGGUAUGCUGUAGUAACUUAAAAAAAAAAAAAGUUUUACUGGAAAACCCCUUAAUGUGGGAUGUAGAGCCAUUGAGGGAGAUUUAUCAAAACUGGUGUAAAUUGGUUUAGUUGCCCAUAGCAACCAAUCAGAUCCAACCUUUAAUUUUUCAGAGCUCAUUUGGAAAAUAAAAGGUGGAAUCUGAUUAUGUUUGCUACGGACAACUAAACCCGUUUUCCUUUACACUGGUUUUGAUAAGUCUUCCCCACACUGUUUAUUAUUAGUACUUGAAAUAACUGUUCAAAAAACGACGCAUUAUUGUCCUCAGGACUGAUUUUGUGGCUCAGUUUACAUUGUGGAAGAUCCACUUUAAAGUCGUGUUCCAUUCUCAUUAGGAUAUGCCAUCACUUCAUGAGAGGUUACCACCCCUUUAAAGAAGCCCAGUCAUCUCUCCUGACUAUUUUAAUAAAUAUUUCUCCAAUACUACACCAUCUUUUUUAGAGCUUUGUGAUGUACCACUAGAGUAAAGGAGGAACUGCACAACACAGAGUUCUAAGACAAAAUGCUCCAGAGCCAUUAUUUCAUGGGAAGUGCAAGUAUAUACUAAAACAGACAUGGCGGUGGUCAUGCAUUUUCUCAUUUUUAAGAAAUGACUGAAAAACAAAUUUUGCAGUGUUCAUUUACUAAAAGAAAGGCUACACAAUACUUCAAUUCCUGAUUAGAAUAUAUGUUCAAAAACUGUGACUUGAGAGUUUUUUUUUUAAAUUGUAUAUAGGUAUAUCUGAUAUUUUUUUUUGUAUAGUUUUAAAUGUUUAUAUACUGAAAUAUUUUAGCCAAAAAGAAACAUUAUAUGUUUCAGAAGCAAGUUAACCGGGCUGUGUUAUCAUCAGGUCUUUCUUAGGCCUCUUGCACAUGAACGUGUGCUGCCUGUGUGCACAGCAAAUUGCGAUGCGCAAUGCAUGGGCACCGACUGCGGACCAGCCGCACUCGAAUGAGGUCCGCGAUCCGUCCGUUCCGCAAAAAGAAAGUUCUAUCUUUUUGCGGAACGGAAGCAGGGAACGGAACCCCACAAAAGCACUCCAUAGUGCUUCCGUUCCCUAGUUUUGUUCCGCACCGCAUCUCCGGAUUUGGGGACCCAUUCAAGCGGAAUGCACACGGCCGGUGUCCCGUUUAUUGCGGACCCGUCGUAUGCGGGCCGCCAUACGGCCACAGAGGACACACUGUCGAGUACAAGAGGCCUUAAAGGAAUACAGUGUUUAUAACAGGGCCUAAGGGGUGCGCCACCAAAAAGAGAAUCCCUGCAUUAUCUUACAAUAUAGUGUUUCUCUAACUAUAGAGCCAUUCUUUGACCAUAUGUAUGUCUGACACAGAAGUGCCUUUUAUUUAUAUGCACUGUCCAGGAUUCAGUUCAGGAUUGGAAUGCUUUCUAAAGUCCUCCUGAACUCAGAUUUUUGUGUGAUGUAAUUACACAAGAAGGAGUUAUGGCUUCCAGGAGCUACUAUUAGAAAAUAUUUUACAAUUCGGGACUAUUUUGUUUAAUUCUUAUAUGCUACUUAGGGUUUGUAUUUGACUUGCCUUUUUAGUGGAUCACAAUGUAAGUCUAUACUGUACUUAGCUAUAUAGAGCUAUAACAAACAUAAUGACAUACCUGUCAUGGGAAAACAACCCAAAAAAUUGCCACAGAGCAAUUGACAAGUUGAUACAUAUUGUAUCAGAACCUGAGUGCAAAUCCAGUGGUUGGUUAUUAUCCAGUGACGGGAUUGACACUUUAUCUAGAAACCUUCUACUUGCCUUUAAUAUCAUUGUCAAAAUAUCACUGCCGAUGGCAGUAACGCUAAGGGUACUUUCACACUAGCCUUUUUGUUUUCCGGUAUUGAGUUCCAUCGUAGGGGCUCAAUAAUGGAAAACAACUCUGUUUUAUUCUAAUGCAUUCUGAAUGGAGAGCUAUCCGUUCAGUAUGCAUCAGGAGGCAUCAGUUCAGUCCCUCUUAAGUUUUUUGGCCGGAGAAAAUACAGCAGCAUGCUGCAGUUUUCUCUCCGGCCAAAAAUCCUGAACACUUGUCGAAAUGCCGGAUUCAGCAUUAAUUUCCAUUGAAAUGCAUUAAUGCCGGAUCCGGCCCCAAGUCUUCCGGCAAAACAGAUCCGUUCUUUCUGUUCCGCGCAUGCGAAGACCAUUAAAUCUGGGAAUAAAAUAAAUACCGGAUCAGGUAUUGCAAUGCAUUUGUGAGACGGAUCCGUCUCACAAAUGCAUCCUUUUGCGUCCAGAUUGCCGGAUCAACAGAACUGCCUGCCGGAAUCCUCUGCCGCAAGUGUGAAAGUACCCUAAAGCUUCAAGCUUAUCAAGUGGUUUUGGUAGAGAAAUGAAUGUUCUAUAUGGACAAGGCUACAGUCACAUAACAGUGAAAAAAGUCUAACAAAAAACUGCGAAAUGGUAAGUUUAUAGCAGAUGUUUUUUUUCGCUGAUGCCUUUCUGAGAAACAGAUGUUAAAAUCGGUCCCCUUCAAUUGUAUGGGGGCUGUCGGUCUGUGAAAGUGGACAAAGUAGAACAUGUUCAAUUUUUUAUGUCCGUUAUUCACUGGGAGUCUAAAAUAUGGCAAAUAACUCUAUAGUCCAUUGUUUUUAAAACAGAAAUGUGACAGCUAUUAAAAAUUGUACGUCACAUAUCUGUUUUUCACUGCUAUGUGAAUGUAGCCUAAAUGUGUCUACUUAUUUUAUUUUUUUGUUCAAUCUUUGUAACUAACAUGUACGAGGUCAAGUGGACAUACGGCUUCAUUUAUCACAAUUUUCUUAGUAGAAGUUGCUUUGGUGACCCCAGAAACCAAUCAGAGCUCAGCUUUCAUUUCUUAAGCUGUUCUUGAAAAUCCAAAGCUGCUCUAGAGUUGGUUGUUCCAGGUAACACGAGAGUUUUGAUAAAUGAAGCCCACUAUGUUAUUUCUUUACAUGUGUCCUAGAUAGAACGUAUUUAGUUUUUCUUUUUAAUUGGUUACCAUGUUGAUCCUUGAACUUGGUAAUAUGUAUAACCUCUGUAAAUGGCACUAUGUGCCAUUUCACCACUCAGGAAUGCAAAUAUUUUAAUAUCUGAUUAUAAGCAUUACAUGAGCUGUAAUGUUUAAAAAUUGUAAGCAAAAUGCUUUCUUAAUUAUUUAGUUGUAAUAUAACCUGUGUAAUAAUAUAAGGUGAAAUCCCAUGGAUGGUUUUCAUUCUGUGUACCCGGAAAUGGCACUGCAGUUGUUUGUGUACAGCUGAUUGCAUGAAUAAAAGUAUUGAUUUUCACAAAA